GGGAAGCAAAGGAUAGGAAAGGCAACAGUAACUGUUCCUCCUUAAAUAAUGUGUCAAAUAGUGUUGUAAGCACUUGAAGAAACUGUACAUCGCAAUGAAUUGGGGCUUUUUUAGAUGCUUUUUGAAGAAGACAAAUGUAAAAGUUGACUAUGCUCUAACAACACAUUAGUGAAUACGUUCGAAACAUACGAGGCCACUUGUUUCCAGCACCGCGGUAUUGUUCUCGUUACAGUGCUCCAUAGCAAACUGUUUGUUUAAGUGGCGAAUGUUACCUUCUCUUUUGGAAGCUCAUUAUUUGUUCAUCCUAUGACAGAUUUUGAAGCUCACGACUAUCGCUCCUAAUCAUUGACUGAUUGCAUUGAUCAGACAACUUGUCUGUGUUCAAAGUACGAAGCAUAGCAUAGAGAAUUGUGAAAUAAUACAAAAAAAAACUACACUAUAAACGAAAUUUGUAAUUACUAGAGGUGCUAAAAAAUACUUCUUGAAAUUCUACAUUAUGUCGGCAUCGAGACUUAUAAUUUGGCACACGAUUGCAAUACCGCUGAUAUUGCUAAGAGCUGCUGUUAACAGUAAAGCAUGCGAUUCACCACCUUACGUGUCUCGCAGUGCAUGGAACGCUCAGCCGGCCAAACUGAUUGAACACUUUACUGGACCCAUCCCGUACGUUAUCAUUCACCACUCAUAUAUUCCGGCUGCUUGCUACAAUGGCCCGCAAUGCAUUGCAGCGAUGCAAUCUAUGCAGAAAGCGCACCAAGACGUCCGUCAAUGGAAUGAUAUCGGGUAUAGCUUCGCAGUAGGAGGUGACGGCCGUGUGUAUCAGGGACGGGGGUUCAAUGUUGUUGGGGCUCAUGCACCGAGAUAUAACAAUCGGAGUGUGGGGAUUUGUCUUAUAGGAGAUUGGGUUGCGGAAGUACCACCUAAGAUCAUGCUGACUGCAACUCAAAACUUAAUCGAAUAUGGCGUUCGGAAUGGACUUAUUGCCCAGAACUACACACUACUGGGGCAUAGGCAAGUGCGGUUGACCGAAUGCCCCGGUGACAAAUUAUUCGAGGAGAUUAAAAUGUGGCCCCACUUUUCCCCCAUGACUGACAUUGUUGAUCAGACCAAUGUUUAAGUCACGAUGCACAUUUAUUAAAUGAAAGUAUUUUACACGUGUUUUUUCUACCUCUUACAAAUAUUUUAUGUUCCUAAUGUUUUGUUGAAGCAAAUAUACAUCAAUCACAUUCAACCAAAGCUUACAAUUAUGUCGUUCAAACUGCAAGGGGUAAAAAUUUGUGUUGAAGUUUUCAUAGAAUUUAAUUUACAACAUUUUUUACGACUGAAGUGAGAUGAAUACAUCAUAUAUUUCAAAACAUUCAACAUAAAAUAGCAUGCUAAUCAUUCUUACGAAAAAACGAAUACUAUAGGACGAACGAUAGGAUCAUACUUGAUAUGACAAUACUAACAGUGUUAUAGGGGUAUAUGUAUAAAGUGAGCAUUUUCGAAAAUAGUUUUUGUAACUCAAAAGAAUAGCAAAAUUAUAAUAAAAAACAAAUUGUUUUGAACCCAUUCGUUCUACGCUGAUUGACUUGUAAACAAAAACCAUAUUAAGUUUUACAAAUAAUUAUGUCUGAGAAAAAAUUGAGGAGAGAGAUAAAGGAAGGGGAAGAGAAAGGAAGUGAAA